GAGCAACCAAGGUAGUGUUCAGCACUGUACUGGGUGAACCUGGAACUGUUGGACCCUUUGACACAGACACAACACUAAUUUACAAAAGAGUGAUAUUAAAUGUGGGCAAUGCCUACAACCAGUUCACAGGUACCUUCACAGCACCAGUUGCAGGUGUUUAUUACUUCACCUUCUUCUAUCAUGCUGGAGGAUAUCGUGAAUCAAAGCUGCUUCUUUACAAGAAUGCUGAUGUGGUGGUCAUGACUCAUGAUCACCAUUCAGAGUCAGACACAGCUGACAACGGAGGAAACGCUGUGUUCCUGCAGCUGCAACAAGGGGACCAGUUGUUUGUUAAAAUAGAAGCAAAUACACAUGUUUGGGGAAACGACCACCACACCACUUUCAGUGGAUUUUUAGUCACAGAAACAUAAAAAGGAUGGAUUUUUUUAAAGGGAGGAUAAGACAAAAUUACUUACAUAACAAAAUACUUAUACAUAAUCCCAAACUUUGUGUAAAAGACCUACUGUAAUC